AUGGAAAUAUUCGAGCCAGGUGACGUGUGUCCCUGGUCAGCUCUAACAGUUGCGUACGAUAUCGACCACGAGUCGUCAUCAGCUUACCGCUCCAUCGGGGUUGAAACAGGAUCGUCAUCACGAAACGUGUUUCGCUGUAUCCAAUCCCGCUCAAAUGAUGAACGACUCAGACUCAAGGUGGCUCGUGCCAUCGUGCUUACGAUCUCUGUUGUGUUAUACGUGUCAACAGCUGGGCCAGCGAACGCCAAAGCCGCAUCCAACUGCGAAAGAAAGAACAACACCUCUCUUUCGUCAAGUCCACUGAUCAACAUAUCGGGGACUGCUUCCGAAGCGCGCUUUUGCAGGAUGGAGCUCAACGUCGACAACGCCAAAGCGCUCUUGGCUCAGCAAGAGCACGAGCUGCAGUCCACACGCGAUGCUCAGUCGAACCUGCGCGCCGCUCAACCCAUCACCGCAUCUACCAUACAUCCAAACGGUACUGCUGUCGACCUCGCACCCGCUGUCGCUGCCGCCGCUUCGACACCCGAGUCUGCGGCUGCGGCUGCGGCUGCGUCACUCCCUCCAGCGAUGGCACCACCAUCGAGCGCACCUCCCACCGCCUCCUCGACAGGCCGCAUGCAGCUCAUCGACGAGCACCAAAAGUUCAACAGCUCCGAAUUCUCUCCACACCUCACUCAAUGGGGACUCGACGACGUCGGCUUCGGCUACGACCUCUGCGCCGUCCUCGGCUCCCAAUCCACCGGCAAAUCCACCCUCCUCAACAAGCUCUUCGGCACCAACUUCGACGUCAUGAGCGAGUCGGCGCGUCAGCAGACCACAAAAGGAAUUUGGAUGUGCAAGGGGCUCAAGAUGAACGUCCUCGUCAUGGACGUCGAAGGAACCGACGGACGCGAACGAGGCGAGGACCAGGACUUUGAACGCAAAUCCGCCCUCUUCUCCAUGGCAUCCGCCGAAGUGCUCAUCGUCAACCUGUGGGAGCACCAAGUCGGUCUCUACCAGGGAGCCAACAUGGGUCUACUCAAGACGGUCUUCGAAGUCAAUCUAGGCCUGUUCCAAGCGAGCAAAGCCAAAACCGUCGGUGCAAAGGACAAGACCUUGCUGCUCUUCGUCAUUCGCGAUCACAUCGGCGUUACACCACUCGAAAACCUCUCCGCCACCAUCAUGGCCGAUCUCUCCAAGAUCUGGUUCUCCCUGUCCAAACCCGAAGGACUCGAAAACUCCAACAUCACCGACUUUUUCGACUUCAUGUUCACCACCCUCCCGCACAAGAUCCUCCAACCCGUCGAAUUCGACCGCGCCGUCGACCUCCUCCGCAACCGCUUCGUCGACCCCAAGGAUCCCAACUUUGUCUUCCGAACCGAGUACCACAAGCGCAUCCCCGCCGACGGUCUACCCCACUACCUCGAGUCCAUCUGGGAACAGGUCAUGACCAACAAAGACCUCGACCUCCCCACCCAGCAGGAGCUCCUCGCGCAGUUCCGAUGCGACGAGAUCGCCAACGCCGCCUUCACCCUCUUCGCUACGGACAUCAAGGGGUUCCGCAAACUCAUCGAAGGCGGUUCUGUUCUCGAAAGCUUGGGUCCGGACAUGGCGCUGCAUCGAGCCGCCGCCAUGAGCAAGUUCGAUCGCGACGCCAGCAGAUACCACCCGGAAGUGUACAAACGCAAACGCAUCGAUCUGCUCGAGAAACUCAACGCCUCGCUCUCACCGUUCUUCCUCGGUCAGCUCAAGAACCUCCACCGAAGCCUGCUCGCCUCCUUCAAGCAGAACGUGCUCGACAGGAUGAAGAACGACGCCAACUACGACUUUGGCUCGCUCGUAGGCGGCGAGAAGAAGGCGGCGAUGGCCAAGUUCGAGUUGGCGGCGAGGGCGGUGCUGCUGGACGAGACGGAUUGGUCGAUCCACGACGAGGUGGCCGAGUUGGAAGCAGAGAUCCAGAGCAUUUCCGAUACGAUGAGGGUCGAGGAGACGCGGAAGAUGGUGGUGGCGAUCGAGCGGACCUUCAAGAAGAACAUUUCAGAGCCGGUGGAAGUCGCCUUGACUUCUCCCAAGGACACACUUUGGGACGAAGUUCUGACAGCAUUUUCGGGACUUCUCGAGCAGGCUGAAGGGAAUUAUCUGAAAAAGGCAAAGAGCUUCAAUUGCACGGACAAAGAGAACGAAGUUGCGUUGAUGGAUUUGAGGAGGAAGAGCUGGUUGAGUUUCCGGGCGAAAGUGGACGAGCAGACGGCGGAUUCCGUCAUGGCAGGCAAACUGCGCGGAUGGUUCGAGGAUCGAUUCCGGUACGACGAUGCUGGUGUUCCGCGGGUCUGGAAACCGGAGGACGACAUCGAUUCGGCCUACCGCAAAGCUCGGGACGAAACGCUGACCCUCAUCCCGCUGUUCUCCAAGAUCCAGCCUUCCAACCCCUCCCUCCUCCCCGACAUCCCCAGCACCUCAGACACCUCCGACCCCGACGCCGACGCAUUCGACCUCCCCUCGACGCUCACCAUCCUCACCCCCACACGCACCUCCUCCAUCGCCUCGCGCUUCCGCAAAGAAGCAGACGCGCUGUACGUCGAAGCCAAACGCUCCACCGUAUCCUCCAUCGCCCAAGUACCGCUCUGGAUGUACGGUGUGAUGCUCGUGUUGGGGUGGAACGAGAUGAUGGCCGUGUUGUCGAGUCCGGUGUACUUUGCGUUCUUGUUGGUGUUGAUCGCCAGCGCGUAUGUUGUUUGGAGGUUGAACCUCAGCGGUCCGCUGUUGAGCGUGGCGAGGGCAGUGGUUAGGGAGGUACAUAGAUUGGCGGAUGACACGUUGAGGAGUCACUUCAGUCAACCCGUGCCCGCUCAGCAGGUCAGACACGACCCGAAACCGGAGGAGAUCGAGUUGCAGGAAAAGUAA